GCGCAUCGCAAGUUUGCAACCAACCAAUCAAAGCCGCGAGCUGUUCGCAGGCAACAACUUAAUCGCGUAACGGCCGUCUUUAUAUUUCUAUAUAUAUAUCUCGGGGUUGCCAAACAAAACGCCUCUCCGCGGUUGUCUAGGUGAAGUGGUUUUCCGUCGAGGGCAGAUCCGGGCUGCCGAAACCCUAACCCUGCCUCACCUCCUCCGGUGCUGUUUCAAAGGCGACGCUUUAUCUUUGAGGCUCAGCUUCGGAAUUAGAAUUCUUCCGCAUUGCUUUCUUUUCCAAGAUCAGUCUGUUGUUGGAAACACUUUCUGCAAAUCAUCAUAGCCUGCUUCUCUUACAAGCUUCCUCCGAGUUGCGUGGCUUCAAAGGCUAAACUUUGGUUGUCCAAGUUAAUCCAGCCAUGGAGGUUGAGGUCAUCGUUCCCGGGCAAUGGUUCCUUCCCCAUUUUGUUUCUGUGUUCUGUGCGUUAUACAUGCUCGGAUACUUCGCCGUCUUCAACAACUGGAGCCCGAAGUAUCGCCCAGAUGGAUCCAGUUGCUUCAUGUCUCUGUGCCACGGCACCCCGGCCGUACUCUUGGCGGCCGCUGCAAUCCUUCAGCAACCUGUUCGAUCAUUUGCGUCGCCCAACACCGAUUUCCAGAAUCUGGUGCUCGACUUCAGCGUCGGCUAUUUCACUGUCGAUCUCCUCCAUUACCUAAUCUUUAUGCCUAGCGAAUAUCUCUUCAUCGCCCACCAUCUUGCCACGCUCUUCGUCUUCAUCACCUGCCGGUACAUUGCUCAGCAUGGUGCAUUCGCGCUACUGGUUCUUCUUGUGCUCGCAGAGGUCACCAGUGCUUGUCAAAAUGUGUGGACGCUUGCCGGACUCAGGAGAGCAGAGUCUCCGACGGCUGCAAGGAUCCAUAAGAACCUGGCUCCACCUUUCUUUGUCUUGUAUACGAUCAUGAGGGGAUUCCUCGGGCCCUGGUUCUUCUACAAAAUGGGAGCCUUCUAUGUGAGUGGAAAAGCUAGCGAUGUGAUGGCAAUGUGGAUAUGUGCUUCGUGGAUUGUCGUCGUCGGCAGUGCGAUGUUGGUGAGCAUCUUGUGGAUUUGUAAUCUCUGGUUGGAGCUCUUCAGAGAGAAGACUUUGGAGAAGAAGGAUUGAGAGAUUGGUCGCCUGGAUAACUACCAAUUGCCCAGUGAAUCAUACAAUAUCAUCUGUGUACAUGGUCAUCGUUCUAUACAUCCUUAGAACAAAUGUUUUGUUCAAAACUGGUACAUAUUUCUGGUGUUAAAUUUGUUGUUGUACUACCCUCAUGUUAGUUAUUGGUGGAUUUUUUUUCUA